CACACACACACUCACAGAGAGAGACGCUCGCUCCAAACACAUUAACCCACAGCGGAGGGAGACGGCAGGGUGGGAGAUAAACCAGCGCACAUCGCGGAGCUCCGGGAGAGCCGAGCAUCUCUUCCUCCUGGAGCCGCCGCUCGCCGGGACUUAACGGAGCCGCGGGAAAACACCCAUUAAGUUGAGAGGAUGAUUUGACGAGGACGGCCGGAGGGGGAGAGGCGAGCGGGGGGAAGAGGAAGAAAAAUGGAUUAAAAGAGGCUGGUGCUCACUGACACUCGGCCUGGUGUCCUGCUGAACAAAAACAGCGGUGAAGUCUACCUUGAGGACACCUGUGGGGGGGGGGGACCUUCCAGCGAGCCGCGCGGAGCUAACCACGCACAGCGUCAGAAGAUCAUCCGUGUGAACUGAAAAGGAAACCAUUAAACAUUUAACAGAGGAGAGUGAGGCAGAAACUGAGAAGGAGAAAAAAAAAAAAAAAAGCCUCCGAACCCAACUGCCCGCGCCGGUCCGAGCUGUCCAUCACAGCCUCAAACAUACUCAUUACCACCACCGAACUGUGAAAUUGAUGUUGUAUAAUUGUUAUAAUUCAACUAAUAACCGUGAGGACUGGAUGGAUCUGAGCUGUGGAAACCCCCGAUAUUCUCAGCUUGAUGCUCAUUAAUUAAAAAAACACUACCUAUUAUAAGCGCGUGUAACGCGGCGCUGAGCUACUUUCGCGGGACCCACUGCUUGCACGAGGAUCCAGGGCUGCUUUUGACUUCGAAGAAGGACCCUUGAGCCCUUCAACCAUCUUCUGACUGUCUGCCCAACUGUAGCGUUUGGGCGUGGGUUCAGAAUUAGGCCCCUGGAUGCCCGCUGAAGAUGACUUGAGUUGGCAGGCCUAAAAGCCCCUUACACCGAGAGAGAGGGAGAGAGGGAGAGAGAGAGAGAGAGAGCUUCUCAGUAGGACACACACAAACACAACGCACAAAUGUGGGUGCCGAGGCGGCCUUGAGCCAUGCUGGUGUUGCUACAUGCGCAGCCCUCGAGUGCAGGCUAUCAUCAUCCCGAUCAUCAUUCACCCAAGCUGAGGAAGAUUCAACAUCCCCGAGGAGCGAGGCUCCACUUGUGAACGAUUCAGACACACACGCACACACAGAGAGGUCCACGUCCCCACGUCCUCCAUCAGACGAACCAUCACUCCUCUCCAAGCAAACCCUGCCACACGGGGAACAGAGCAGCGGCUGACGUGAAAAGGCACCGAGACCGAGCAGGAGCCGAGGACCAACAUGGCGGCUGACAGCAUUGCCGAGCUGCGCGAUUGGCUCUUCCUGCUCCUCCUGUGCCUCACCUUAUUGGCUGAGGUGCUGGAACUGGCGGCAGCGGCAAUCGCCAUGGAGACGGGCGAGGGGGAUGAGGGCAUUGUUUGUCCCUCAGUGUGCCGCUGCGACGAGGGUUUUGUCUACUGCAACGACCGCGGCCUCGGCAUUAUCCCUCCACUACCGCUAAUGGCCGCCAUCCUCUACUUGCAGAGCAACCGCCUGAGUAACGCCGGCCUGCCUCCCUCACUGGAACGCAGCACUUCCAUACGAGUGAUUUACCUGUAUGCCAACCAGUUGGAUGAAUUCCCUAUACACCUGCCGCCGUCGUUACGGGAGCUCCAUUUGCAGGAUAAUAACAUACGAACGUUACCGAGAUCAGCUCUGGCCAAACUACCACUGCUAGAACGUUUGCACCUGGAUGACAACUCUAUAUCCACAGUUAGCAUCCAGGAGCGAGCUUUUUCGGGGACUCCGCGGCUCCGACUGCUGUUUCUGUCCCGGAACCACCUAUCGAGCAUCCCCGCGGGUCUGCCGGCAUCCUUGGAAGAGUUACGACUGGACGACAACAGAAUCAGCACCAUCCCCACGCACGCCUUCCGCGGGCUCUCCUCCCUGCGGCGCUUGGUCCUCGAUGGGAACCUGCUGGCCAACACGCGCAUCGCAGACGACACCUUCACCCGUCUGUCCAACCUGACGGAGCUGUCGCUGGUCAGGAACGCGCUGCAGUCCCCGCCGGUAUACCUGCCAUCCGCUCACCUUGUGCGACUCCAUCUGCAAGACAACGGAAUGACUCACAUACCGCGAGGGGCUCUGGACGGGAUGCGGCGGCUGCAGAGGCUGGACCUGUCGGGGAACAAUCUGACCACUGUCCCACGGGGACUUCUGAAGGACACAGAAAGCCUGGAGAUGCUGCUGCUGCGAGGAAACCCCUGGUACUGCGGCUGCAAUCUUCGCUGGCUCCACGCAUGGCUUCACAGCCGCGGGGCGGCGGUGACAGUAAGGGGUCUGACCUGUCAGGGGCCCGAGGCCGUCAGGGGACAGGCCCUCAAAGAACUAACCUCCCUGAUGGAUCAGUGUGAAGGCCCCGCUGCUGGUCCCAGCACUGGAAUGGGGAUGAACCCAGCAGAAAAAGAUGGAGGAGGAGGAGGAGGGGGAGGUGAGGAACGUGUUGAAGGCGACCAAGCAGUGGCUUCAGUUCCUCAUGGCAGCACCACCAGCACCUCCCCGCUGGUCCCGACACAAGGUUCCCUCUUUACCCUGCGGGCCAAGCGGCCGGGCCUUGUGAUGCCUUUGCCUCCGGGUGAGGGGGGGCACGUGUCCAGAGAGGCCCUGGAGCUGACCGUAAAGCCUCUUUCUUCGGACAGUGUGCUGGUGAGCUGGCUGUGCCCACAGUCGGCACCUUCCUUCCGCUUGUCGUGGCUGAGGCUGGGCAGCAGUGCGGCUCUGGGCUCCAUAACUGAGACUCUGGUACCUGGAGACUGGAGGCAGUACACACUCGAACACCUCAGCCCACGCUCCCAUUACCUCAUCUGUCUGCUACCACUACGACAGGAAUCGUCCCCCUUCGGGGGUUCCAGCAUGGGUUUAUCGCGGGUUAGUGGCAUGGACACAGACAGCAAAGACUCGGCCCCGGCCUGUGCUCAGAUAGAGACUGGAGACGCUCUGGUCAGCGCGGUGGGGGAGGGGUCAGACAAAGAGGGACAGGACUCUGAACUGACGGUUCUGCCAUUGGCUGGGAUCAUAGGGGGCGCCACAGCAGUUGUAAGCCUGCUGUUGAUCUUUGGCAUUUUCUGCUGGUACGGGCAGAGAACAAGUUACGUGUCGGGGGACACAGGUUCAUACAGCAGGGGCCGGGGCGGCAAACAUUAUGAUGACUAUGUAGAGUCGGGCACCAAGAAAGACACUUCAAUCCUAGAAAUCCGGGCCCCUCCUGCGGGGUUUCAGAUGACAGCUAUGGCCCAUCAGGCCCUGCAGCCUAAGCUGGAGGACGUCACCUACAUUCACACCAUUUUCCCCUCUUCUUCAUCUUCCGCUCAAGCCAACGGGACCUACCGGAGCAGCCACGGAGCCGGGAGCCUCAACGGCACCAUCCUCAGCCAAACCGGCCACCAUCACGCCACUUACGGCACCAACCGUGGCUACAGAGAGGGUGGCGUCCCUGACAUAGAUUAUGCCUACACGUGAUGCGGGGGGGGGGACACGCUAUCUGAGCCACGAAUGCCCGGGCGCCAUUUCUAUGAUGACGACCCAUUGGCUGGUGGUCAUAUUGUCCUUGGUUUCCAAAGUACCCUCUGUGCCUCUGCUGGUUCAAUUAUGAUUGGUUUGCUAGGUAGACAAGACUUACUUCAGCUAUGUUGAUUGGACAUUGCUAUUGAGUUACAGAAGUAACGGUCCUACUAUACUCUACCGCUGUAUACUACAUUAUACAGUGGAUCCUUCUUUCAGCCCUUGUAGUUAUAUAUGGUUACGUUUUCUCUUUUGGACAUCUCAGUGUCUUUCAAAACCUACUGUUCUUCUCAGCUCAUAAUAGACAGUAACUUAUUUGAGAUUGAUAUACUAGGCUUAGCUGAUUUAGCAGGAGAUAUAUUUAUGAGAAAAAAAGGCACUUGAUGUGUAUAGAGAUAGCUCUCAUAUCUUCCAACCAACUGUAAGCUCUGUGCUGUAUAGAUAAAAGAUUUGACAGAGAGAGAAAUCAAUGGUUGUUAUAACCCACAGAUGACAAUGCAUCAAGGUUGACAUGAAAGGAUGUGUUCCUAGCCCCCUCUUUUCCUCUGGUUUACUCCCCUCCUUUUUUUUUUUAAUUUUUGCCUAGUUUGAGGCUCUUUCUCUUUUGGCGGAGGCUCUUUGCUUUUAUUGCUCUUGUGUCUUUUGUGGUGUCGUGAGCAGAGGACGACUUUGUUCUCGCCGAGGGAGCUGACAGCUGUGAUAAGAGUUCUGACAGAGACAGGAGACACAGACCACAGCAUGGGGAGACUAAUGAGGGGGAGAGAGAGAGAGAGCGAGCGUGUGGAGGGGUAGGAAGGAGGGAGGGGUGAUGGAUAUAUCGGUGGUUAGAAUAGAAAGUAAGACAAGGGGAGAGGGGUGUUUUUGGGGGGGAUGGAAGCCCUGAGAGAGGUUUGAUGGAUUAAGGCAGAGAGCGAUGACAGAAAAUGGAGGGAAAAGGGACCCUAAGUGAAAAAAGGGCGUGUGACAAAUGCAGUGGCAAGAGGGGGGGG